AUGGCCACGCCGACAGGCAACAAUGCCAAUACAACGGGCAAGAAGCUCAAUGUCCUCGUGUACUCCGGUUCGCUCACCUACUCCGCCUGGCAACUCAGCCGUUUUCUGACCGACGAUUUCGCCACAGGAAACGGAACCACCGUCGACUCGGUGCGACACUGUCUCUACACUCUGCGCCGGCUGCUCGCCCCCUACUAUGCCGUCAUCCCCGUGACGGGCGACAUGCUCCUCAAGGAGCCGUGGACCACCACGUGCGCCCUGCUGGUUAUCCCCGGCGGUGCUGACCUGGGCUAUGGCCGCACGCUCAACGGUGCGGGCAACCGGCGCAUCGCCCAAUUCGUGCGCCGCGGCGGCCGCUACCUAGGGUUCUGUGCUGGAGGCUAUUAUGGAUGCAAGCGCUGCGAGUUCGAGGUUGGGGACAAGACAAUGGAGGUCAUUGGUGAUCGGGAACUCGCGUUUUUCCCUGGCACUUGUCGCGGCGGCGCGUUCCCCGGUUUUGUUUACCACAGUGAAGCCGGGUCUCGGGCUGCCGCGCUGGAUGUCACCAAGGAUGCCUUGAAUCAGGGCUCGAUACCCACGAACUUUCGCUCGUACUACAAUGGCGGCGGGGUCUUUGUCGAUGCGCCCUCGUUUGCCGAUCGAGGAGUCGAGGUGCUGGCAAACUAUAGUGAGAAGCUCAAUGUCGACCCGGGGGAAGGGCAGGCCGCUGUUGUCUACUGCAAAGUGGGCGACGGGGCUGCAAUUCUGACGGGGCCACAUCCGGAAUUUGCAGCCGUGAAUCUCGACCGGAAAGCCGGUGGGCCUGAGUUUGCAGAGCUAGUUGAUGCUCUGGCUGCCGACGACAAAGAACGCACGGAUUUUCUGAAAGCCUGUCUUCUGAAACUCGGUCUGCAGGUCGCACAAGACACUGCUUCGGUGCCUUCGCUGUCGUCUCUGCAUCUUUCUGGAGUCGACGCCGAGCGCCCUUUGGAGAUUCUGUCCUCGCUAGGCGAGUCAUUCACGCAGGAAGGGCAAAACGAGUAUCUCAAAGAUGAGAACGAUACCUUCCGUAUUGAACGACCUGGUGCAUGGAACCUGAGCGAUUUGGAGGACUCAUUGCCUGGGGAAUCUUCGGAGCCUAGCGAAGGAAUCAUCGACUAUAAAGCUAUUGUCAAACGUCUUGUUAUUCAUGAUGACCUGCCCUCUUCAAAGCUGACCCCAUACUUCAACCACCAUGCAUUCUAUGCCAACCUCCGACAGUAUCAGUCUAAAUCCCGGGAAGGUUCGUCGGAAUUUGGUUCUAAUCUCUUGUACGGCGAGGUAGUGACCAGCACCAACACCAUUCUGGAGAAGAACACACAACUCCUGCGUCGCCUACCACACGGCUUCACGGCCACGGCCACCAUCCAGGUUGCCGGCCGCGGGAGAGGAUCUAACGUCUGGGUGUCACCGUCUGGUGCACUAAUCUUCUCUACAGUGGUGCGACAUCCAGUCGAGAAGAUCCAGUCGGCUCCAGUGGUGUUCAUUCAGUAUUUAUCGGCGAUGGCUGUAGUGAAGGGCAUCAAGAGCUAUGCCAAGGGCUACGAGAAGAUUCCGGUCAAGCUGAAGUGGCCGAACGACAUUUAUGCGUUGGACCCCGACGACCAAGAGCAGAAACGCUACACCAAGAUCUGCGGGAUCCUGAUCAACUCUCACUUCAUGGCAAACGAGUACAUCUCCGUCGUCGGCAUCGGCAUCAACGCCACAAACGCAUCUCCGACAACUGCUCUCACCACUCUAGCAGCACGCUAUGCCACUCCCGGUGCUGCACCCGUACUUCUUGAAAAGUUGCUGGCGCGCAUCCUGACAACCUUUGAGGAUUUGUAUACCCGGUUCCUGCGCACGGGCUUUGACCGCGGCUUCGAGGGCAUGUACUACGAGGACUGGCUCCACAUGCACCAGAUCGUGACACUCGAAGAAGAGGGCGGCGUGCGCGCCCGUAUCCAGGGUAUUACGCGCGACUAUGGCCUGUUGCUGGCUGAGGAGCUGGGGUGGAAUGACCGGCCUACAGGGCGAGUGUGGCAGUUGCAGAGUGACAGCAAUAGCUUCGACUUCUUCCGCGGGCUGGUAAAGCGAAAAAUUUAA